CGAUUCUAGCCCGACUCCCAUUACCGCCCCUCGGGGGCGGCUGUGGCGGAGGAACGAUGGCCGACGGCGGCGGCCCUAAGGAGGCGCCCAGCCUGCGGAGCUCUCCCGGGCCGGCGCCGCGGGUCCCGCGCGCGGUCGGGCCGAGUGGCGGUGGCGGGGAGACCCCGCGGACCGCCGCGCUGGCGCUGCGCUUCGACAAGCCCAUUAAGCAGGCCUUCUACAACACCGGGGCCGUGCUGUUCGUGUGCCUGUGCUGCGGCGCCGCGGUGCUGGUCUACUUCAUCCUGGAGGCCUUCCUGCGGCCGCUGCUCUGGGCCGUGCUGUGCGGCACUUUUCUGCACCCCUUCAAGAGCUCGCUGACGCGCCUGGGCCGCCACUGGCUGCAGCGCCUGCACCGCGCGCACACGCCCAUCGUCCUGGCCGCGCUGCUCCUGCCGCUCUGCUUCGUCGACUACGGCGUCGAGGCCCUGGGCGAGCAGGCGCUGCGCCGCCGCCGCCUGCUCCUGCUGCUCGGCGCCGGCGGCCCGCUCCUGUACGGCCUCUACUGCCUCGGCAGCUACCUGGGCGUGCAGGUGCUGCUGGUGCACGCUGCCACGCUCAUCUGCCGCGGGCUGGACUACUUCAGCAGCCUGUGGAUCUGGACGUUGGUGGUUGGCUAUGUGUUGACUGUUUCAUUCAAGUGGAAUGCAAGCACUGAACGCUACUUGAGAGCAGUUUCAAUUCCUGUCUGGAUUAUAUUGCUUUUUCAUUUAGCAUCCCUGGCUGGCUCAUGGAGAAUUCCAGUAUUCCUGGUUAUUGUUUUCCUGAUGUCUGUGGGUACCCUCUAUGAAAAACAGAAUGGAAAAGAGUCUUCUGGGGCAGAGUUACCAGGGCAGGUUAUCUCCAUGGCAGCUUCUACUCUGGCAAACUUGGCCAUCUCUAUCACAGGGUAUGAAUCAAGCAGUGAAGACCAGCCCUCCACUCAGCCUGCAGAAGCAGUGGACAGGGGAGAAUCCGCUCCAACGUUGUCCACCUCCCCUUCACCCUCCUCCCCUUCGCCCACUUCCCCUUCACCUACUCUGGGCAGACGAAGGCCUGAAAUAGGAACGUUUCUUAGAAAGAAGAAAACUAGUGACAUCUACUUUGUGUCUCUGGUUUGGGCCAUUGUCAUCGUGCAGAUCUGGUUGAACCUGUGGAUUGUGCAGUUGCUGCCAGUGCCGAUUGCAGUCUGGAUACUCAAAAAGCUUGUCAUUCACUUUGGAGUUGUGGAUUUCCUAGAGAAACGCUACCAUGUGUGGUGGGGCGUUAUAGAAAGCUUCCUGAAGGAGCGGCAGGGAGCUCUCGCGCCUUGGCCCAUUGUCGGGCUUGGAAAAUUCUUGUUAAAAGUUGAUAGCAAGCUCUGGCACUGGCUAAAUAAGAAGAUGAUCAUCUGGUUGGAGAAGAUGUUAGAUAAAAUAAUUAGCAUUUUCAUCAUAUUUUUGUUAGUGAUAGGAACUCUUCUUUUAGCUCUACUCCUGACUGCAAAGGUACAUCAAGAGAGUGUACACAUGAUUGAAGUCACAAGUAAUUUGAUUAAUGAAACUCUAGCAAAUCACCCUGAGUGGGCAAAUUGGCUUCCUGAGGCUCAGGUAGUCCAAAGAGCCCUGAAUUCUGCGGCUAACAACGUGUAUCAGUAUGGACGAGAAUGGAUAACUCACAAGCUCCAUAAAAUUCUAGGAGAUAAGGUGAACAAUACUGCUGUAAUUGAAAAGCAAGUACUAGAACUUUGGGACAGACUGUAUCACUCUUGGUUUGUAAAGAAUGUAACACACUCUGGAAGGCACAAAGGACAGAAGUUGCAUGUCAGUCGUCAGAAUAGCUGGCUGGGAGACAUUCUGGACUGGCAGGAUAUUGUUUCCUUUGUUCACGAGAACAUUGAGACAUUUCUUUCGAUCUUGGAGUCUCUGUGGAUCGUUAUGAGCCGGAAUGUGAGCCUGCUGUUCACCACUGUCACUACACUCUUGACCAUCCUCUUCUACAGCGGGACAGCCCUUCUCAAUUUUGUACUCUCUCUGAUAAUUUUCCUGACCACACUAUUUUAUCUAUUAAGUUCCAGUGAUGAGUACUACAAGCCAGUGAAGUGGGUGAUAAGCCUGACUCCACUAUCUCAGCCAGGUCCUUCUUCUAAUAUUAUUGGCCAGUCUGUGGAAGAAGCUAUCAGAGGGGUGUUUGAUGCUUCCCUCAAAAUGGCUGGCUUCUAUGGAUUGUAUACCUGGCUGACUCAUACUAUAUUUGGCAUCAAUAUUGUCUUCAUACCAUCAGCGUUAGCAGCAAUCCUUGGAGCAGUGCCAUUCCUGGGGACAUACUGGGCAGCAGUACCUGCAGUUCUUGACCUGUGGCUGACACAAGGGUUAGGAUGCAAGGCCAUUUUACUGUUGAUUUUUCAUCUCUUGCCAACAUACUUUGUAGAUACUGCAAUCUACUCUGACAUAUCAGGAGGUGGCCAUCCUUACCUGACAGGCUUGGCAGUGGCCGGUGGAGCAUACUACCUAGGCCUGGAAGGAGCAAUCAUCGGUCCUAUUCUUCUCUGCAUACUUGUGGUUGCUUCCAAUAUCUAUAGUGCCAUGCUAGUGAGUCCCACGAAUUCAGUUCCCACGCCAAACCAGACCCCAUGGCCUGCUCAGCCUCAGCGGACUUUCCGUGACAUUUCUGAAGAUCUGAAAUCUUCAGUAGGUUGACGUGGUUUCCUCUGCAGUGAUUUUUCUAGGAAGUUCAAAUUUGACAGUGAGUUCAGCUCAGCUGUGGCCUUCUGCCCUUCCAACUGUGCCUAGCAAGCAGAACCCAGGAAAGAAGCAGAAGCCUCCUGGCCUUACAUACAGAAUGCCUGGACAAGAGUGAACUUGCUGCGGGCUGCUUUGUAUUUUAAAACACAGCUUGAGAGUUCAGAGUUGGUGGUUUGCUCACUUAACUGUUGUUAAGAUGGCUUGAAAAGUUUCAUUUUAUACACUGGUACCCUGGCUUGAAAUUUUUCCACUUUGGUUAUCUAUAUUACUAUAUUAUAUAUUUAUAAAGUUAUUUUAAGAACUCUAAACUACCUGCUGUUAAAAGAAUAGAUGGUGUAAUUUUUUCCUGGUUUAAGAAAUCUAUUGUUAAACUUUUCUAAGACAGUCACUUUUCAAGGAAGAGGGCUUUCACUUUUGAGUGUGUAGUUGAGUGAGCAGGAAAAAUGAAUCUUCUACCCUUCUCCCACAAUGUAUUAUACGUUCUUUAAGAAAUAAUAAAUCAUAAGUAUAAGGGUGGGGUGGCUUAUUUGAUGUUCAGUUUUAUAUUAUAACCCUGGGAGAUACAAAGACUGAAGCUCUUCCUCCUCUUCCUUUUCUCUUCACGCUUCUUUACACUAUUGCCAAAUUAUAAAACUUGGCUGACCACGUUGAAGUGAAAUACUUAUUAAGCUGCUAUGAAUGGUAACAGUAUGAUAAAAUUCAUGCUGUUACUAGGUUUUCUCCUUCCAGGUGUUUGAAGUGAAAAAUCUCAGGUGUAGCAGUACUCUGAUUUGUUAAAUGUAUCCGUUUCAUUAUUUGGAACUCUGCCAAUAAGUUAGUUUUCAGCAGAAUUUUAUAUUUAUGUAGUAUUUUCCCAUCUCUUAGCACAGUGCCUUGCACAUGACUCUAAAUGAAUGCUUGUUGAAUUGAAUUGCAACUUUAAAAAUAUCUCAGAUAUCACAAUAACCAGCAUAGUGCUUUACAUUUUACAAAGUCCUUUUGCACAUACUGUUUCACAAGUACAUCACAUCAGCUUUCAUAUAGCUUUAUAUUAUUUUACAUCAGUUUUACACUGAUGGAGAAGCUAAGGUUCAGAAAAAUGACCAACUCAAAGUCGUAAAGUGUAGUAGGAUUUGGCCUCAGAUCUUUGACUCCGUUGUCUGCAGAUUCUGCUGUAUUAGUGUUCCUUCUAAAUAUUGUAUGCAAUUUUCCCAGUGUUACGAGACUGGUGUUGCUAUCCAUUUGUUGUGAAUGAAGACUUGUCCUAUAGUACAUGACAGAGCUGAGAGUGGACUGUAGUUCUUAGCUGAACCCUUUCUACUGUUUAAAACAAUCAUCAGGCCUAUCCUCUGCUCCCAGGGGAAUGUGGAAGAGAAAAGGGUUCUUGGCCAGGCGGUAGGUGGUGGCUCACAUCUGUAAUCCCAGCACUUUGGAAGGCUGAGGUGGGUGGAUUGCUUGAGCCCAGGGAUUUGAGAUCAGCCUAGGCAACAUGGCAAAACCCCAUCUCUACAAAAAAAAAAAAAUUAGCUGGGCACGGUGGUGUGCCUAUAGUCUGAGCUACUCAGGAGGCUGAUGUAUGAGGAUCACCUGAGUCCAGGAGGUCGAGGCUGCAGUGAGCCAAGAUGGCGCCACUGCACUCCAGCCUGGGUGAGAGAGUGAGACACUGUCCCAAGGGAAAAAAAAAAGUGUUGGGGGGUAGUUCUUAAGUGUUGAAGAUUUCCUUUUUGGAAAGUAUUUAAAGGUAGAAAUAUUAAUAAUUUUUCCUAAAACAUCUCCCUAAGAAGUCACUGAUAAUUAUAAUUAGUUUAAAUUUAUUCUUACACUGCUUAAGAAAAAUUUCAUUUAGAAAAGGCUACCAUGAGAUCUUCUGACUAUAUGGAGUAGACUGCAUACAGAUCUCUUUAUUUCUAUUAUGAAUAUUUUAGCGAUUAUAAUCAGCUAUUCCACUGAGUAUUAGAUUUGGUCACUAAGUAACUCAUGUUUUUCUUUAGUCAAUCAUUCAUUCAUUCACUAAAACAUUUCUUGAGAGUUGGCUAAACUCUAGAUUCUGUGCCAGGCACUGUACAGGGUGAUGGAGAUCACUCAUAAGAAGGCCUCUUGCUCUUAGCCAGAUCAUAUGUAAUACUAAAUUUAAAUUUUUUGCAUUAAAAGGCUAAAAAAUCAUUUGUUUUUGUUAAUUAUAUACUGGUUGAUUUAUAGAUGUAAUUAGCACAUAUUCAUAAGAGACAAAUAUAUACAAUGAGUUACUAUACAUAUACAAAGUGAUUUUAGCUGUAUAAAGUGAUAUUGCAAAAAACUACAGCUAAUGUUUCUUGCUGGGUAAUUAUUAGCAUAAAUAUCAGGUUCUUAGACGUCUUUAAGAGAAUAGUUUAGAGCUACCAAAAUUAGCAGCAGUGAUGUAAUAUCACCCUGAAAUACCAGGAGCAGAGGUGCCCCAGAGUGCUUCACAGCCAUGAUCAGGAAACUUGACCUGCCCCAUUGCUACAGCAACAGCAUAAGGACUAGGAAGGUCCACUAGCUGGGGAGGUCUUGGAACCCUCCGAGCCAGAAAGAAGCAUUCCAGCAUGAUUCCUCAGAUGCAAUGAGGAAGGUUUACAGAAUUUUCACAGGGCAGCAGAGAUCAAGUGGUAUGAAAAGGUAGGAGUUUUAAGCUCAAGUCUCAAAGAUAACCUACCUUUACAUUCUCAGUCAGAAUUUGACCCAGAAAGAGGAAGUUUCUUCAGGAACAGACCGUACGUUGAUGAAGUAGAAGUCACUUCAGUAAAAACGGAGUACAGAACUUGGUCAUAAUAUCUUGCAUUUUAUAGAUUUAUUAAAGAUUAGUUUCAAGUUCACAUUCGCUAUUCCGUUGUAAACCGAAUGGAUGGGAGGGGAGAAAAUACAAGCUCUCCACACAGGUAUGCUCCUCUCUUUUCUGAGAGAGAAGGCAUGGGAUUUUCAGCAUAAAUUCCAUGUUAUGUGAGUGCCGUUUGAGUUCUGAACUUCCUAUCAAUAUCUGUUCCUGCAGGUGAUCUCUGUAAGACCACCCUACAUGCUGGUCUUAGUUAUUGUUAAAAUUGCAAGGUUUCUUCACACCCUCUUUGAUAAGAAGUGUUUAGCUGGCAGAGCUUUCCCUUGACGUCUGAGUCUAGUGUGGGUUGACCCAUAACAGUGGGAAGAAAUCCAACAUGUUACAUGGAGACCUUGUAUGUAAACAAACUCUGUAGCCUUUGAAAGUGGAACUGCUUUUUACAGUUAAAGGGCUGCUAAAUGGCUUGCAGAUGAGAUCUUCUGGCUCACCUUGAUCUUUACAUGAACCUAUUGUGACCUAUCUGGAUUUCCUAGGACCUGUAGUUUCCAUUUGGGUUAUAUUAGUGCCUCAGGAAUGUGUCACUACUGGUCAAGAAAUACUCAGAAAUUCAGGCUGUGAGGGGUUAGAUUAGAGGAAAGUAAUUUAGGUGAGCUAUCCAGAGCUCUCAACCUCAGGGUUUAUAGGAAAAAAAAAAAACAAAAUACAAAAACCCUUAGGACUUCUCAUACUCUAGCCCUGACCUUGCCGUCUCCUCUGAGGGGCCGCCUAAGACCCUUAAAAUAAUAUUACAAUAGGACUUUGAGUGUGCAUUUCACAGUGGAAAUAGCCUCUGGCUAGCAUUACUUCCAAAUGCUAGUUCCAGCUAAAAACAAGUACUUUUUAUUAAUUUCUUGUCUUUCAACAUUCUGCCAUCAAAAUAUAUUCAUUUUAUUAACUUACUGAUUAUUGGGAACCUGCAAAAAAAACACACAUGCUGUCUGCAGCCACUGUUUGGUUAUUUUUGAUAGUUUAAGAGAAUUAUAAAUCAAGUUGUUCUGUCUACUAGAGUCAGAAAUUCUGUGCUAGAAUGGGACUUCUAAAAUUAGGUGGUCCUGUAACUUUCUAGAGAAAGACCCAAAUUCAUAGGUUUAGGUGUCUUGUCUGACAUACACAUACAGCCAGUUAGUAACAGAAUUCAGAAUAGAAUAGAGUUCUUUUUUUUUUCUGUCAGUCCGUUGUUCUACUUCUCUUUCCUUUUCUUCAUGGUUGAGCAGCUUUUGGCAAAAUGUGUUCCUUAUAGCAGUAGUUCCAAGAGAUGUUAAUAGAUGUAAGAAAAAAAGUGUGUGUGUGUUGGGGGUGGGGGAUUGCAUGGUCAAUUAAAAUGAAGGAAUGCUGAGUUUGUUUCCUUACUGUAGGACUUCUAAGAGUUUUGAACAUGCUAUUACACAUUGUGAAUUUAUAAAAGGGGACAAACACUGUUUGACCUUAGACUGCACUCCCCUUCUUUAUUCCUCAGAGCAUCUCAAAGGACUACAGGGUCCUUUGGGAAACAUGGCCCUUGAUCAAGUUUACAACUCUUUGAGAAGACAUCCCUAAUGGAAAUACUGAAUGGCAGAUCUAUUACUGUGGUACCAUGUAGUGUGUAAUAAAUCUUGAAGUCCAGAAAGCAAGUAUAUUUGCUGUUUAGAGCUAUACUUAAGGUAUAGAGAUUCUUUUCCACCUAUGGUGUGUAAAAUCAGUAUUGUGUUUAAUUUUGCAGGUUUUUCAAGGAUCAACUAAUGUGCAAAUACAGUGGUGAUAUAUUGAUAUUACAUUUUAAUAAUGCUUUUGUAUGGCACUUUAUAGUUUUCAGACACCUUUUGUAACAGCCCUGUGAGACAGACAAUAUUAUCCUUGUUGUACAGAUGGGGGGGCUCUGGAGGCUCUGAAAAGUUUUUGGUGAUAUUCCCCUAAGUUUAUACCACAAAAUGAUGGAGCCAGAAUUUAGUUGCAGAACUUCUGACUCCAAGUCCAGAGUUCUUUACUAGACAUCUGGUUUCUUACUAGCUUUUUGCUAGCUUUUUAUUUUACAGUGAAAAGUAUGGAAGCAAAUCCUGAUCAUUUUGGCUUAUUAUCAAAUACCAUUUAUUUUUUAUUGCAGAGACCCAGCAGAUGUAACUGUCAUUGUAGCCAUCCCAAAGAAAACCCUUCUUUGCCCUUUGCAGUGCCACUUAUUUAGGUAACUGAAGUGUAUUUCCAGUACAAUUUGAUUUUGAACUAAGAUUUGAUAUAGAGUUGUAAUUGCUUACAUAACUCUUUGAAAAUGUAUCAUCCCUGGGUUCUCAGGUGAAGGAGGCAAUUCAAAAGUAAAAAAGAAUAUUCGAAUACAAUAAAUACCCUCUGUUCUCACACAAAUGCUGUUUCUUAGCUUUAACUUGCUUUGACAACCUACUGAUGUAACUUCUUUGUUAAUGUGAAAUAUUUAUAUUUUGCAAUAAAAUUACUAGUGUUGAAUGAA